UCAGGGCCAUAGAUUUGUGGCUCUUGGUGACGAUCUUCCUUCUCCGACAACUUCCGAUUCCUGUUCCGACUCAUCAUCCGAAUCAAUAGACACGGCAUUAGUGCCAUUCCGACUCAUCAUCCGAAUCAAUCGACUCGAGAAGUGGUGUUCUUCCUGAUAACCCGUCUGAUUUAUUUGGAUCCUUCACUUUUGGCCUUGGCAAUUUCAAUGUUUGUUCUUGUUUCUGGCUUGCCUGGUAAUGCCUUCGGGAAAUUUCACCAUCUGGUAAUGCAUUUGUCUUUAGCUUCCUCUUUCUAUUUUCCCACUGUAAUAGGAAAUCUGGCUCUGGGUGGACGCUCAGCUAUCCAUGCCGCCGCUGCUGCACACGCUCAGCUAUCCUCGCUGCUGCCGUUGCACACUCUCAGCCAUGUCAGGACGGACGCCAUCACCUCCGCGUCCCACUAUGUGGUCAUCAACGACUCGGUUGCUUUGCUAAUGUUGAUAAACUUCCAUCCUUCCAUCGACAUCAAUAGAGGACAUCGGCGACCUCGACAAGUCUGGUGAACCCUGAAUCAACACCAUUCUCACAGAAUUAACCACCCGAAUGACAGAAGUUUUUUCCAAAACUCAGACCCCGACCUAGACCACCGAGAAUUCUGUUGCACCAAUUGGCAUCAAGUUGGACAGCACCAACUAUGCUCUCUGGUCCUAGUUGUCGAGAUGAAUAUCUCCGGCAAAGACAAGUUGGGAUAUAUCAAUGGAGACUUUCCUGAACCUCCUUCGACGUCUGCAUCCUUCCAAAAAUGGUGCACAAACAACGCCAUCAUCAAGGGCUGGUUGAUUAAUUCCAUGGACCCUUCGUUGAUUUGGAAUUUUAUUCGGUUUCCCAUGGCCAAGCAGGCCCGUGACUCGAUUGCGACCAAAAAUUUUAAGAACCUCUCUGAAAUUCUUGAAACCUUGGAGUUCUUAAAACUGUAAGAUCAAUUAAUAAAAUUUUUGAAAUUUUAGAAGUGAUCACUAUGUUUUUAUCAAAACUUUGAGUAUUUUUUGUCGUUGCAUUUUUUUCCCCAUCUCUCGCUAUGAGCCAUUUUAUUAUUUGAUGCACAAAACAGGAGAAGAGAAACUCAUUUUUAUGCUUUUGUAUUCUGCUAAACCAAACGGAUCCUUAGGAUUUAGCAGCUCAAGGCUACGCCCGACAAAACAAGUUCAGACAUGAUGGGGCAUCCGUGACCCGGUUAAAAUGGGUCUGGGUUUAUGAUUGCCAAUCCUUUUAUAAAUGAGUCAAUUCAUGAUCCACUCGUUUAGAAAUGUAUCAACAUUCACCCGUUUAUAAAUGGGUCAAUUCGAGUUUCGGGUUGGGCCACUGGCGGGUGACCCGUUUAUUUACCUAUAUAUACCCAUUUAACAAGGAACCGUAAUCUCUUGCCCACACCCAACCCUUUGCCCAACACUGCAUGCCGCCCGCACCCCAGGCCAUUUCAUCUUCGAUCGUUUCCUCAGUUGACUCAGUUCCUCUUCCGGUAGCCCAGCACGGCAGCACCAACACGCCGUCGCCGCACGCCGUCCCCCUCCCUCUCACUCUUAGUCUCUCUCAGUCCCUCUUGGCUUUCAUGAUCUCACCCUUAGUAUCCGACUCUCCCUCUCACGAUUUCACCCUCAAGCCUCAGUGUAGCCGCACGCCGUCGCCGCACGUUGUCCCCCUCCAUCUCACUCGUAGUGUUCGACUCUCCCUCUCACGAUCUCACCCUCAGUCUUUGACUCUCCAGGCCUCUGUCUCCCUCUUGAGUCUCGGUUCACUCACUGCCUCACUUAGUCUCAAGCAAUCAGGCCUCAAUCUCCCUCUCUCGGCUCUUUAGGCUCAGACGCUCGACCCAUUUACAACCUGCCCGAACCCGGCAUGUGAACCCGUUUUGCCACCCCGUGCACUUUAUUUAGCCCUAACCAGUGAAUUCGCCCCUAUCAUUCCUCCCAAUCCUUUACUUCUCUGGUCGCCGCCGUUGCAAGUCACCCCCUCUCAUUUCCUCUUCAUCUUCCCUCCAUCAAGGUAUUUAUGCAAUCAUGGCAGAAGAGAAUCCAAUAGAAGUGAAGGAUGAUGUGCCAGAAUUUUCCGCAUUUGAUCCUACUAAAAAGAAGAAGAAAAAGAAAGUUGUGAUUCAGGAUUCUUUGGAAGAUCCUGUGGAUAAGUUGGCUGAGAAAACUGAAAGUUUGUCAGUUUCUGAAGGGAUUGAAAGUACCUUUUCUGGGUUGAAGAAGAAGAAGAAGAAGAAACCUGUAGAAUCUGAUGAUUUGAAUGAUGAGAUUGGGGAUGCAGAAGAGGAUCUGGAUGAGCAUGUAGGAGAGGAUGAAGAAGGUGAAGGAAUUGUCCUGCAAUCACGAUAUCCUUGGGAAGGGAGCGAUCGGGAUUACUUGUAUGAGGAGCUUCUGGGAAGGGUGUUUAACAUUCUUCGUGAGAAUAAUCCUGAGCUUGCAGGCGAUAGGCGAAGGACAGUGAUGAGACCUCCACAAGUUCUUCGGGAAGGGACGAAGAAAACUGUUUUUGUAAAUUUUAUGGAUCUCUGCAAGACAAUGCAUAGGCAGCCAGAGCAUGUCAUGGCUUUCUUGCUGGCUGAGAUGGGGACAAGCGGCUCACUUGAUGGACAACAAAGAUUAGUUGUGAAGGGAAGAUUUGCUCCAAAAAAUUUUGAAGGGAUCCUUCGGCGAUACGUCAACGACUAUGUCAUAUGCAAUAUGUGCAAAAGUCCAGACACUAUUCUUUCGAAGGAGAACCGUCUCUUCUUUCUCAGAUGCGAGCAGUGUGGUUCUGGGAGAUCAGUCGCUCCAAUCAAAGCUGGUUUUGUGGCUCGUGUUGGGCGUCGCAAGGCUGGGACAUGAUUUGGCGGGUUUAUCCUAUGAGCUUUUGAUAGGACAUUACCUUUCAGGCAUCAUGUCCUUCCUCCCAUGGAUUUUGAAGGCUUCUUAUGUUUUUAAGUUUGUCAACUGUACCUUGGGUUGUUUUCUAGUGCGUUAUCUCAUAUUUGGAUGUUGAUAAUGGAUACAUGACAAAUAGAAAUGACUGAUAAUGAGGAGCAUUUUCUGGUUUUACCGGAUGCGAGUAUGACUCACCUAAUCCAGUGGCUUGAAUCGUUGCCUA